AUGGCGACCUCGCAGAAGCUCACACAAAUCGCCACGAACAUCGUGCUGGAGAAGGCAAUACAAGACAAGUUUGCUGCAGCGCAGAAGCAGCAGAAGACGGCGCAGCUGCAGCACAAGCAGCAGCAGGGAGGCAGCGGCGGCGAUUUCUCUGGCGCUGAUGAGGGAGACGGCGAAGGCCUCGACGACCUAUCGCACUGGCGCGAGAAACGCAUGCAGGAGCUGAAGGUUUGUCACUUUUUUAGCCCUCAUUUUGAACGUUGCCGUAUAAUGGACAAGCAUUUGGAAGUUCUCGCAAAAGUGCACAUUGAGACGCGCUUCUUCAAGAUGAACGCGGAGAAGGCCCCUUUCUUCACCAGCAAACUGCGCAUUCGCUCUUUGCCUACUUUGGUAUUUUUUAUAGACGGAGUGGCGGUGCAUUCGGUUGUGGGGUUUGCUGAGUUGGGGUGUACAGACAGCUUCAAGACAACUGCUCUCGCCAGACUCAUGCUUAAACACAAAGUCUGCGAUAAUAUACUCAAGCAAAUACCGAGCAGCUCAGAGGAGUCGGAGGAAGAACGCUAA